GUUAAGCCAAUGAAAACUCUUAAAUUGCAUUAUCCAAUGGUCCAGUUUUUACUCAAGUGAUAUAGCUUUUAGACAUGCGAGCGCAGCACGAUCGAUUAGCUAAGAUUGGGUACAUCAUCUCCCCUGUUCAAAAAUAACCACGAUCUUCUUUUCUCGUUAUUGAAUAAGUGUAAAUUCAAUCCUUCGUUCAUAUAAUUUAUAUAACAUACCAGCUUUUUAAAGAAGGGAUAAAAAAGAACUUAACACGUCCCCGCCCUCUUCCUCUCCAGUGCCUCACCCAGAAAAUGAUUUCCUUCGAAACCAUCGCGUGAGUCUGUGGAGGUAUUCCUGAGCGGGUGGAGUUAAAUUCUUUGCAAGUUUGGUUUGACUGUACAUUUUGAUUGCCAAGAAAAUUACCUAGAAAGGAUUUUUUCUACACCGGGAAAUCUCUAAGCUCGGAUACAGCCAAAGAAAUAAGACUAACUUUAUCCGAUCCGGAAAGAUUUUUGGCGUUGUUUAGAGCCCUCGGUAACGUCACUGUUCUGUCAGCGUGCACUGGAAUGACAAGAACGUAGUUGAAGACUACCAACCACGAAGUUGCAAGAAAGCGAUAGCAUUCGGAAAUUUCUGCUUCGUUUGUGCACUUCUGGCUUCAUGCAGGGCUCAAUGACUUAACCAACGUUGAGUUGGGCUACCUGAUGGGUUGCUAGUGUUUUCAGUAUGCGCUGGAAUCCGCUCUUGGAUCGAGAUUUCAAGGACAUCUGUGAGGAAAUUGACGGAAUUGGUGUCCGUUUAUAAAUGGUCACUUGCUCAUUUACAUGAUUGAACAGUGGAGCUGGAGAGUGUUCUCAAACGACGGGCGAACACGUCACGUUGAUUAGUCGCUUUGCAUGCCUGAGCUAUCGUUUCACACAAACAUCUGCAAAGAGCUCACAAAAGGCGAGUGGUCCGACAUGGAGAACGAGCAGAAGGCUGCAAAAAUGGCGUUUUCCGGCACACGAUCUCUGCUACUUUGGUGUCGGCAGCAGACGGAGGGGUACAACGAGGUGAAUGUGUUUAACAUGUCAACCUCAUGGCGGGAUGGUUUAGCGUUCUGUGCGAUUAUUCAUCGUUACCGACCGGAUUUGAUAGAUUUUGACAGGCUGUCCAAAGAAAAUAUUUUGGAAAACAAUGAAUUGGCUUUUAGCAUGGCUGAGAAGCACUUUGGUAUUCCAAUGGUGCUUGAUGCAAGUGACAUGAUAGAGAAUGCCAUUCCAGAUAAGCUGAGUGUUAUCACAUAUGUCUCGCAGCUCUGUGAAUACUUCAAAAACAAGACUCCUGCAAACCAAGGUUAUUCCACCAAGAUGAACAUCCAGCCUAAGGCAAGAAGUGAAUCCACAGGCCACAAAGGCAGCAAGCGCACGUCACCCUCGCAUCAGAUCUACCUCCUGUCCGGCCACGCUAAGAGGGUUGCUACAGCCUUGCGCAAUGUUUUCAAGUCAGACACCAAAGAGGAAUCGUCAAAGAGCAAGGAACAGGUUCACAGUCAUGGUAAAUACUUAAGUGUGGACCCCAUGAGAACAAGCUUGGAGACAAACAGAACUUCUGAAGAACGGUCUCCUAGCAUGGCAAGAAAAUCACCAUUCUUGGGAAAUGAUUGUUUUAUUUGUCACAGUAGAGUGUUUCUAAUGGAGAGGCUGGUUGCAGAAAGAAAGCUGUUUCACCGAGCAUGUUUCAGAUGUGAUAAGUGCAGUGCAUGCCUUCGACCUGGGACGUAUCAUUAUUUUCCUGAAACAGAGAAGUUUUGCUGUUUGUUUGACUGUACCGGAGCUCCAAGAAAGCAACCUAUCAAAAUUAAGCUGGAGCCUUUAACAGAUGUGUCACAGGAACCCCACACACAGCCGAGCCUGUCCCUUGAAUCUUCCCCUAAUCUGUCUGAUAAAAGUUCACCUAAACCACCCAAGCAAGAACACAACAAAAGCCCUCUUCAAAGACAAUUUUCUGUUGUAAAAAGAAAUGCAAUAACAUUACCUGCAUUACCUCAGCCUCUAAACCAAAAGAAGACUAAUACUGUUAAGGGACCAAGGCAUUCACAUUCAUCAAACAGACCCGAGAAGUCACAGGCGACCAAGAGUGAAGGAGAAAAGAAGAGGAGAUUUUCUGGUGGUAGGAGGGUUAAAGGCAAACUUGGAGGAAAAGGGAAAGGUGUUAAUUCAGGAGAACCAAGGGAGCGGGAAAAAACUUCUUGGUCACCAGUGAACAAAAGGCGAGCUCCUGUUACCAGGUUACCUGAUAAAAGUGACAGUGUCGAAAAUAAUCGUGGUGAUGCAACAAAUUGUACCUUGAAUACAGAUGGGCCAAGCACACUUCCAUUGGUGUCAUCAUCACCAAAGUUUGAUUUGUUAUCUAAUAAGGAACAGGUGGAAGGGAAGAAAAUUCUGGUAAAACCUUUUGAAUUGAAGAAACAUGAUGAGGAUAGGACUACGAAAGAGGCUUCCCCAAACUUGUUUUUUUCAUUUAAAGAAGAGUUGCUUAAGAGGGCAACUGAAAGUAAGGUAACUGAGGGAGGUAAAUUAUUAAAUGGCUGUGAGGAUGUUUUACCAAAAACGUCAAUUGACAAGGAUGAAACAAAACUUGAUAAUGAUGGAAGGGGACAAGGUAUUUCUUCUAAAAGUGAUCUUGACAGUCGUGAGAGUGAUUUUAAGGAAGAGAACGUGGCAAACAGUGACAAACGUAAAUGUUCAGAGGAUAGUUCAAGUGUGAACAGUGAUUCAACAAAGUCAGUGGGGUCACACAAGACAAGUGUUUCUGAUGAGAUUGAGCCCCCGGUGGCUCCAAAGAGUGUUCAGAAACUGCGAGAAAAGUUUCUCAAUAUCAAUGACAUGAUUGAGGUGAAGCACAAGAACAACCUAGCGAAGAAAAGUGUUGAAAUUCAGAGAGAACUAAGGUGCAUUUCUGCCUGGAAACAACAAACAGACUCUCAUGUUGCUACCUCAAGAAAACUUUCAGGAAAUGGAACAGGAAAGACGGCUGAACUCAAGAAACCAAACCUUGGUGCAAGCCGCAGAAGCGUCAAAGAGUUAAGAAAAAUGUACAUGGCUGGUAGUAGUAGCGAAAGCAAAGCUGUAAGAGGGAAAUCAAAUUUGAUGCGGUCAAAAUCAUUUCAGUCAUCAAAGAGUGUAGAACGGAAAUCAAGUGCACCAAAAACAACAGAUAUUACAACAGGAGGUGCUGAAGAAAAAUGUGAUUCUACUGGACCUGAAGCUGGAGAAAAUUUGGCGUCUUGUAAGGAUGUUGGUGAUAAUUAUUCAUCAGCUAAGGAUUUUGAUAAUUCACGUCAGUCCAACUGUGCUGAGAAUUCAUCUCAAUCUAAGGAUGUGAAUGAUAAUUCAUCUCUGUCUAGAGAUAUCGAUAGUAUUACUGGUGAUGAGGAAGGUACUACUAGUGAUGGAAAGGAGCCUUGUGAUGAAGCUAAACACAUUGCAGUGAUAAAUAUUGAUUCCAAUCAGGGCAAAACAGAAGGUAACGUUGCAGCUGACAGUCAAAGUCCACUGUCAUCAGAAAACCUUGGUAGUAUGUCUCAUGAGACAAAAGCUUACACUGUUAUUAAGUCUGAUGGUGUUUCCAAUGAGGUGCCCUCUCUUCAAAUUGAACCUGCUAGUCCUGAGUCUUUAAAUGGGGAACGACGUUCUCCAGGUUUAAAAAGACAUGCAGCAUCACAUGACAGUGGAAUCGACAUGCCAUCCUACACGCAAAGUAAUUUAUUGAGUUCUGUACCAGAUGGCAAAGUCCCGGCUGGAAAUUUGAAAGUUGCUGCAGAAUUUUCUUUUCCCGGGGGUGGUGCUACUGUUUUGACACCAAGUGAACAACUGUUGAAUGAAACCAGCAGAGAUCUGCAAACCUCCAAUCAUCCAUCGUCACCAGGAAGUGAUUAUUCCCCAGAGGUUCUUUGGUCACUUCCUUUAUCAACUGGUAAUAGAACCUCGCUUACUGACACAAGUUCAUCAUGCAGUUCUCCACGAAUGUCUGUCAUCAUUGCACAAGAAUCAUCAACAACCAAAAUUAACAGUCGAUUUUUUACUGUUGAAACCAUGGAGCCUUGGGACUUUGAGGAUCAUCGAAUUGCAGAGGAACAUCAGUGUGUGAUGGAAGUUGAGGGUGAGUUUUGCUUUGGCAGAGAGAAAAGUAGAACCAGCAGAGCAGAAAGAGAAGCUAUUUUUUCUUUGCGGGGUGAUUCUAAAAGCGGCAGCUUUAAUAGUGCUGACCUGAUUAAAGAGGAGGAAAUAACCCUAUCUCCAUCAGAGAUUGAUUCUGAAUUGCAGUCCCUGGAGGCAUUACAUAGGGAUUUGGAAAGAAGAGGUGUGGAGAUUGAGCACAGCUUGAGAGAAAGUAUGGACUCCGAAAGACCCUUCAAUGACUGUGAAGAUGACCUUCUGCGGGAGUGGCUUAGUGUGGUUCAUGAACGAAACAUAAUUUUGAGAAGAGAGUCAGAACUAAUAUACCUGUUGCAAUCUCACAAUUAUGAGGAGAGAUACCGAACAGUGGAAGGAGAACUGAGAAAGCUGGUGGCCAUGAGAGAUGAAGUGAAGUCAUCUGAUGAUUUGAAGAGGGAGCGAGAGUUACUGUCAGAGUUGCUAGAGUUGGUUCAGAAGAGAAGCUUUAUUGUCGACAGUCUGGAGGAAGAAAGAGUAAGGUAUAUAAAUAUUUAGGUUUACUAAUUAUCUAGUAGGUCACUGCUGUUUUGGAAGCAAUUUUCAAAGGUGCCAUGUUCACUGUUUGAUCAUAAUUUAUGUGAAAGGGGGAAGUCUGGUAAUAUUGUGGUUCAGAGCAGAGUGUCAAGAUUUUUGAUGUAACAUAUCAAACACGGGAGACAGUGUUUCAUUGGGGUAUCCAAGCACCGAGAAGAGAGUU